GGCGAUAGUACUAAAACUAUCAAUAGUUAUUUCAAGUUACCAGACUAUCGAUACUAUCGAUAGUAUCGUCGAUAGUUUGACAGCUCUACUUCGCAGACAUCGAUGCAUCAUUCGCAACUCUAUUUCCAAAACAAUUUACUGCCGCAAUUACCAUAAACAAAUAACACAGUUUCUUAAAUAUAUAAAUGUAAAUUUAUAAGACUUGGCGAAAUUAUUUUAGAAUUGGAGUUGGCGCUGUAGCCUGAGAGCUGGCCAAAUAAAUCUUCUGCCUGUCAUACAGCUCAGAAAUAUAUGGCAGCUACUACAGUGCAAAAGUUUCAUUGUGGCGAAGUAUUCGUUUCCGCCAAUCUUUGCGUGACCGUUGAGUGUAAGUGGUGCAAUGAAAAAUUUGGUGUCUAUAGUAAAUUUUUGGAUCAUAUAUUUGGAGAACACUUCGAUGAUUGGAAUUCAGCAGAAGAAACAAAGCGCCAACUUCCAAAUAAAGUGGAAACUGUUACCGACGAGGAUUUUACUGAGUCUCCCAAUGAAAUUCAAUAUAUAGAAAUUGAACCCAUUAGUUUGAACGAAUAUUCUUUCGAAGGUGACGAACAAGAGGAGGAUUUCAUAACAGAAAAGCUAGCGCCAAUGGAUGAUGACGCGAUAAAUGUUUCAGAAAAUAUAACCGAGGAGCAAGAGGAGAAGCGUACUCCUAAAACUUCGCAACCCACUUGGCGACCGGUGCGAGUAUUUGCGACUUAUAAAAAUUCGACAGCCAUCGCGGACAAACGAAAAUAUAAAUGUAAAAUAUGCGGCUUCGCUGUAACUGACAUUCACAACUUACGCGGCCAUGAGAAACGACACAGUAAUAUAAAGCCUUACACUUGCCUAAAAUGUGACAAAGCAUUCUAUACGCGCACGGAAUUGAACACGCAUACUAGACGGCACAAUGGCGAAAAGCCUUUUGUCUGUUCAUAUUGCGGUAAAAGUUUUAUAACCGCUGCAAUAUUAACUAGACAUGAAAAACGGCAUCUUGGCAAGAGGGAACAUAAAUGUGAUCAAUGUGAGAAGAGCUUCUUUGAUGGUUUUCAGCUUCGAGAUCACGCUGUUGUGCAUACCCAGGAACGUAAUUAUGAGUGCGAGACAUGCAAAGCCAAGUUUACUCGCAAAAAAACGCUCAAGACACAUAUGAAAUUGCAUGAAAAUGCGUUAGGCUAUCAAUGUAUCAUCUGCCAUAUGCGUUUCAACCAGCGACCUACGUUGCUUUGGCAUGUGAAGACUAAACAUAGCGUACUGCGGUCAGAUGCAGAAAGCAAAGACUCAAUUACGGCUACUGAUUCUAUCGGAGAAUCUAACGAGUCAAAUUAAUUUGUAAUUGCAUACGUAUUUUUGUUGUAUUAAAAUAAUUCAACACAAAUAAAACGGGUCUUUAAAUCAAAGGCUUUGUUCCGUGUUGCGUGAAACUGCGUUAGGCUAUGAAUGUAUCAUCUGCCAUAUGCGUUUCAACCAGCGACCUACGUUGCUUUGGCAUGUGAAGACUAAACAUAGCGUACUGCGUGCAGAUACAAAAAGCAAAGACUCAAUUACAGCUACAGAGAAUCUUACGAUCAAAUUAAUUUGUAAUUGCAUGCGUAUUUUUGUUGCAUUAAAAUAAUUCCACACA